GAUGCAACUUAUACAGACCAUAGUUGACAUCAAUAAGAUAAGAUUUCGUUCGGGUUUUUAACCCCGGAGGGUUAGCCACCCAGGACAACCCAAGAAAGUCAGUGCGUCAUCGAGGACUGUCUAACUUAUUUCCAUUGGGGGUCCUCAAUCUUGUCCCCCAGGAUGCGACCCACACCAGUCGCCUAACACCUAGAAGAACAUCGGUAAUUCUAAUGUUGGGAACCAAGUCUUGAAUGUGCUGCUGCUUAUACCAGAUAACUGAUCAUCACUAUUACCGUGUACAAUAUACACAGGGACAUCGCAGUGCUAUACAAUGUAUUAUGCACUGUAGUUGAAACGUAUAUCUACGUUUCUUUCAACAUUUGAAAAUGCCAGCUUUGAAUCUGCCUGAGUGCUUACUGCAAUUGGCAUUGAAAGCCGUGUGCAAAAAUGUAGAAAUGAUGAUGACUAAAGCUACCCACCUGACAGAAUCUGCAGAUGAUGUAUUGCAAAAAGCAGAAGAAGAGGUCCAUAGAGAACUUGCCAAAAAAAGAUUUGAGGAAUUAUUUACUGGCAAUGUCUCUGCCACUACUAGAAAUUCCUACAAGGCAACACUUCGUCUAAAAAGUGUGAAGAAGCUAUUAAAGAAUCAUGGUGACUUUCCCCACAUAUUGCGUGAAUAUCUUGGACCUGUGCCUGCAGUAUUUUUAAACGAUGUGUUUAAUAGAGUACUUGCUUCAGUUGCUAAGAUCAUUGUAUAUGACGAAGUCCAAAUUGAAGACUUUAUGGAUGACAAAUGGUCAUUUGGCCCUAGAGUUCGAGUGGCUUUUCAUUUUCUUAUGAAAAGUAUAUUGUACCCCAAUGUUUCAACUCUGGAUAUUAGUCCAGUGACAAAUACAUUCUUUAUGGUACUUGCUGAGUAUCUUAUGAAGCAUGGUACCUAUAAAAAUAAUAUAUUUGUUAUGGAAAUGGAGGAAAAGAAAAGGGAGAUAUUUACAUGUACACUUGCUGCCUAUAAAAAUAUGUUGGUAAAUCUUACAAGCUUAAGUUUGCAAAAUUUGGCUCAUGGGGACUUGCUGUUUCUUAUAUGUUGUCAUUGCCCUAACCUGUGGCAUUUAGAUAUAAGUGGUGAGCUUUUUAAUUUGCAAAGAUAUUGUGUAAAGAAAAUGAAUGCCGGGGAAACUGCAGUGGAUGAGGAUGGGACGAGAAAUUAUGAAGAGGCUGAUUUUCUUGAUGCAUUGCGUUGCUUAUAUGGAAAUUCUGUUUUGUCACAGACAAAAUAUGAAGGUGUUGUAAUAGGCUGUCAGUACUUAAAAACGCUAUUACUACCAGAUAUCAAGUGGGAAGACAAAGAAGAAAACACACUAUUUGACGAAAUAGUCAGACUGCUUCUCUAUGCUCCAGAUAUGGAGGAGAUCAAGGGAGUCUCUUUGCUUUAUGUAUUAUGGAAAAUUAACAAGAUGGAGCAUCCUCCUAUUAUGUUAAAACUUAAGAAAUUUGAUGGUAAGACUGGAGGGCAUAGUGUAAUCUGUGUUUCUCACAAACAGUUAAAGAAAGUACACUUGCCUUUUGUGACAGAAGUUAAUAUUGUUCUUAAUGUUUUGUUGCCUCCAGUUACGCUUGAAAUUUUUCCCAACAUGAGACACCUUACUGUAUCUCCUGAUGAUUAUCGCAGCUACACCUUUGAUGAUAUGAUGCCAUAUUUGAGAAAUCUUCACACACUUGAUAUGGAGUUAAUGCAUGAACUGUCAAUUUCAAACAUGUGUGAUAUUGCAGAGAAUUGUAGAUCACUGGAAUCACUGACAUUAACCUGCCCAGCACUUCGGAUGCAAGCAGUAGCCCUUAGUGAAGACCAAAUUCCCAUGGAACGGCCAGUAAGAAAUCCGUCUCCUCCUGUGGCAAGAAUGAGUGGUAGAAAUAAAAUAGAAUAUGAACCUCAUAAAUCACUGGAUAUGCUUAUACCAUUUUUGGAGUAUGCCAAAGUUUUGAUGAAGAUUGACCCUGCACCAUACGAAAAGGACAACAGCCAAGUUCCCAAUUUCUCAAGACUUCACACCCUCCAGUUCUUUGGAGUCCACAGUGUUGAUGCAGCAGCUUUCUACAAGUGUAUAAAAGGUAGUCCCUACAUUCAGACUUUAACACUUGUUGCACAAGAUAAAGAUGAUAAUUGUAAUAUUGAAUUAGACGAUGAUUUUGUGGGUAGAAUUGCUCCCCUUUUGAAAAGACUGAGGAAUAUUACAUUGUCUGUAGAAAAUGUUAAAAACUGUAGCAAUGUAAUGAAAAAGUUCACUGGUAUGGCUAUUGAGCACUUGGUGAAAUUCUGCAGUGACAUUCGAUCCAUUGGUAGUGUGACCAGUUGGAAUAUAUCAUCUGAUGAAGUGAAAGCAUUGAAUUAUUGUUUUUUGAAAAAUAACUAUAUACUGAGACUUCACUAAACUGGUACAUUUCUGCACAUAAAAAAACACUGCAGUUUAAAAUACAAAAAUUUAAGAA